GGGAGGGCGAAGGAUAAAUCCUUACUACAUAAUCAUUAGAGCUCACAAGCCCUUCCUGUGACACGCCGUGUUGCAGUCAGGAUUACAGCCGCCAAGCGACGGCAACCAGAGCCCCGCUGAUGGUGAGCGGCUGGGCGCAGGUGGGACGGGGGAAAGACAAGAACUGGACAGGAAGUGCCAUUGAGUGACACAUUGAGAAAAGCGGUGGAGAGGAAUCUUCCAAACUCCAGUGGUGGACUUGCCACAACAUCUGUCCCCACGCCGCCGCCAUCUGUCACCGGCCACCUAUCAGAGUCUUGCUUGGAUGGAGCUGCAGCGAGAGCGCCAGGCGAGGGAGAGGAAGGGAGGCUGGAGGAUGAAGAGCAGGGUCACCCUGAAGGAUCAGCAACAGAAGGACAGGUGUCCCCGAUGAAAGAUGGAGUACCACUUGGAGCAGGAUUUGUUUUGCUAAGUUUCUGGCAGCUCUUGGCGGUUUUUCCUUCCAAGUGCCGUUCCCCCGCCAAGACAGGAAUUAUUCUUUUCCCAGAGGUGGCUGAAGAUGUCAAAAAAGGCUUUGCACAAAUAUGCAUGCUGGCAGCCUUCCUCUCAAAGCAUCCUGGGACAUUUUACCUGAAAUCCCUCCCCUGGGGCAGCCGUUUCACCUUCCCAACCGGAACACUUAGCCAACAGUGAGUGUGAACAGCCACCAUGUGUUAAUUUGCUCACUCUGAUAUCGCUCUAUCACGCCGCAUCACACCGACAACCCCUCCUCCUCCCCCUCUUCACCAGCCAGUGAUAAUGUGACCUUCUGCCAAAGUGCUGGAAACCAUGCCGCCAUCGCAGCGGGCUGCUCUGUUGCUGCUACUGAAAUAGACUCAAACAAGUGCAGGGAAAGGAAGAGGAAGAAGGGGGAGACAAAAAGGGGGAGAGGAAGAGGAGACAAAAGGGGGCCAAGGGCUAGAGGAGGGAGAAAGAAGGCGAAAGGUGGGAAGAGGACACGAACACGGGAUGCGAGGUGACGGGUCCAGGCUGGAUGUGGAUCGCCAUCACAGCUGACUGAUAUGCUGAAUGUCUAAAGAUAGUCACCUCUCAGGGUGUCACGAGACGAGACGAUACAUGAGCCUGGGUCUACGAGAACAAGACGAGGCAGUAGGUGACUGAGAUGGGCGUUCGUUUAGGCUGCUUGAGCGACUCCUUGUGGUGGCCGCCGGUGCUGCUGCUGCUGCUCUUCAGCGCCGCCCCCAGCUGCUCAGGCCGGCCGUUUGGGAUCCCGACGCCCGCAGUGAACGUGGCGGUGGUGUUCAGCGGCUCCACCUACCAGACUGAGAUCAAGGGGCGGCUGAGUCGGGAGAACUUCAUGGACCUGCCGCUGGAGGUGAACCCAAUCACUGUGCUGGUGAACAACACCAACCCGCGAGCGCUGCUCACUCGCAUCUGCGACACGCUCUCCACCAACCGCGUCCAUGGCGUGGUGUUUGAGGACAACGUUGGCUCGGAGGCUGUGGCCCAAAUCCUGGACUUCCUUUCCACUCAGACAGGCGUGCCCAUCGUGGGAAUCAGUGGAGGCUCCGCUGUGGUCCUGCCGUACAAGGGCGAGGGCUCCAACUUCCUCCAGCUGGGCUCCUCCAUCGAGCAGCAGAUCAACGGCAUGUUCAAGGUGAUGGAGGAGUACAACUGGAACAGCUUUGUGGUCAUAACAAGCCUUUACCCAGGCUAUGAGGCCUACGUGGAUUACGUCAAGUUCUUUAUUGACACCAGCUACUUCAUGUGGGAGCUUCAGGAUGUGUUGACUUUUGACAUGUCCGCUGACAGCAUGAACGACAUCCGAGCGAGACGGCUGCUGCAACAGAUCGACUCCCAGGUCCUCUUGGUCUACUGCUCCCACGAAGAGGCGCAGUACCUGUUCAACAUGGCGACUGAGGCUGGGCUGGUGGGGCCAGGCUACAUCUGGAUAAUCCCCAGCCUGGCUGUGGGAAACCCGGACAUGCCUCCACCCGACAGCUUCCCCGUGGGGCUCAUCAGCAUCAUCACAGACCGCUGGAGGAUGAGCCUGAGGAAGAGGGUGCGAGAUGGGGUGGCCAUUGUGGUGAAGGGCGUGCAGAGCUUUCGAAAGCAGAGGGGCUUCACACCGGAGGGCCACAACGACUGUCACAACCCGGUCAAGUCAAUAGCUACCAAUGACACUCUGUUCAGGCACAUGCUGAAUGUAACGUGGGAGCACAACGACUUCUCCUUCAACACUAAUGGUUACCUGGUGAAUCCUGCAAUGAACAUCAUCACUCUGGACAGAGAAAAGCAGUGGGACAAGGUGGGCACCUACGAGAAGAGCAUCCUGCAGAUGAGAUACCCCGUGUGGCCGCGCUACGGCUCGUACCUGGAGCCCGUGUCCGAUUACAGGCACCUGACGGUCGCCACGCUGGAGGAGCGGCCUUUUGUCAUCGUGGAGGCCGUGGACCCUUUGACCGGCACCUGUGUCAGCAACACGGUGCCCUGCCGACGCCAGUCCAACAAGACGGAGGCCAUCGUGGGCCACACAGAACCCUACACCAAGCUGUGCUGCAAAGGUUUCUGCAUCGACAUCCUCAAGAAGCUGUCCCGCAACAUCAAGUUCUCCUACGACCUCUACCUGGUCACCAACGGCAAACACGGCAAGCUGGUCCGUGGAAUUUGGAACGGGAUGAUUGGAGAGGUCUUCUACAAGCGUGCGGACAUGGCCAUCGGCUCGCUGACCAUCAACGAAGAACGCUCGGAGAUUAUCGACUUCUCUGUGCCAUUUGUGGAAACGGGCAUCAGCGUGAUGGUGGCAAGGAGUAACGGAACGGUCUCGCCUUCUGCCUUUUUAGAGCCGUACAGUCCUGCGGUUUGGGUGAUGAUGUUCGUCAUGUGUCUCACCGUGGUGGCCAUCACUGUGUUUGUCUUUGAAUACUGCAGUCCUGUCGGCUACAACCGCAGCCUGGUGACGGCCAAAGAUCCCGGCGGUCCCACCUUCACUAUCGGGAAGUCGGUGUGGCUGCUGUGGGGAAUCGUCUUCAACAACUCGGUGCCCAUCGAGAACCCUAAAGGCACCACAAGCAAGAUCAUGGUCCUGGUCUGGGCCUUCUUCGCCGUCAUCUUCCUGGCGUCCUACACGGCCAACCUGGCGGCCUUCAUGAUCCAGGAGCAGUACAUCGACACCGUGUCCGGCCUGAGCGACAAGAAGUUCCAAAAGCCACAAGAGCAGUACCCUCCGUUCCGCUUCGGGACAGUUCCCAACGGCAGCACGGAGCGCAACAUACGUAGCAACUACCCGGAGAUGCACUCCCACAUGGUCAAGUACAACCAGAAGGGGGUGGAGGACGCCCUCACCAGCCUCAAAACCGGUAAACUGGACGCCUUCAUCUACGACGCCGCCGUGCUGAAUUACAUGGCGGGCAAAGACGAGGGCUGCAAGCUGGUGACCAUCGGCAGCGGGAAAGUGUUUGCCACCACCGGCUACGGCAUCGCCCUGCAGAAGGAGUCGCGCUGGAAACGACCCAUUGACCUGGCCCUGCUACAGUUCCUGGCAGAUGGCGACACUCAGAAGCUGCAGACGGUGUGGCUGACGGGCAUCUGCCGCAACGAGAAGAAGGAGGUGAUGAGCAGCAAGCUGGACAUCGACAACAUGGCGGGCGUCUUCUACAUGCUGCUGGUGGCCAUGGGCCUCAGCCUGCUGGUCUUCGCCUGGGAGCACCUGCUCUACUGGAAGCUCAGACACUCGGUGCGCAAGUCGGAGCGGCUGGACUUCCUCCUGGCCAUCAGCAGGGGCAUCUACAGCUGCUUCAACGGCGUGGAGCAGGCGGAUCGCAACGGCAGCAUCCAAAGUCCUGACGUGACCACCAACUACUCUCAGGCCAACAUGCUGAAGAUGCUGAAGACAGCCAAGGACAUGGUGUCCUCCGCCAGGGUGGAGAACUCUCUGGACAGCGCCACCAAGACCCUCGAGACCUGGAGCAGGCGAGGGGCCGACAACAUGCGGGCCGGUCUCCCGCCCUGUGUGGCUGCCGCAGGCGGCGAGGUGGCCCACUGCCGCCUGCCGUACAUCUCCAGCAUCACCGACAACCACUCGCCGUACCCCCAGAGGAGCCGCACCCCCACCUUCCCCAUGCACUACGGCGACAGCGUCACACAGCCCCUUCUGGAUAAGCCCCGCGUGGUGACGCGGCCCACGCCGCUCCGCUACACGCUGCCCGCUCGCAACCACCAACACGUUUUGGAGAGGACGCUGCCCAUCUCCAGCCUCAGCACCCCUCACCUCGCCAUGACCGACACGGCGCCCACCGCCACCGCCACCCCCCACCACGGCAGCAGGCUGUAUGUGGAGAACCCGGUCCGCCACCCGGCAUCACCCUUCAUCACCUACAGAGAAAUCCAGGUACCCAACGUCUACGUGGAGCACAAAGUCCCCCUGAGGAGGAAGCUGAGCUACCCCCCCGACUGCGUGAGCCGGAAGAGGCGGAGCCACACCUACAUGUUUGACCCUGCCGACCCGAGAGCGCGAGCCGACUACGACGAACCUCGAUCCUGUUUGGCCGAGCUGAGGGCCAAUCAGCUGCUGAACAACCACGCCCCAGAUGCUGCUGCCAUGGCAACCGCCGCGGGACACUACCCCGCCGCCGCGAGCUGCAACUCGUGCAUGAAGUCCUACUUGGAGCCCGAGAUGGACGACGUGCCGCUGCUGGGGAAGGACAAGCUGAACCGCCGCGCGUCCUUCCUCAAAGCCACCUGGGGCAACGACCGCAUCCGGCAGGUAGACGAGACCAAGCCGUCCACGUCCACGUCCCCCCGCGCCGACAUGCCCGACCUGUUCCCACGCGUGGUGGUGCCCAACGCCAAGCCCCACAAGUUUUACGGCAGCCUGGGCCACAACCUGUCCUGCUACCCUCUGGCCGCCGAGCCCGCCUACUUGGACCCGGCUCACAUGGGCUCGUACCCCUACAAGCAGAAACUCAAGUACUCGGACUCCACGCGGCUGCCCUCGUACAGGGAGGCCAUGCUGCAGAACGCCGCCGCCUUGCGGCGCUCCUCAUCCACGGUGGUGCACAGACACUACUCCACCUACCUGAACUCCUACACGGACUUGCCGGUCUACAUGGGCCCGCUGGCCCAGGCGGCGCCGCACUUCUACGACGGCCCCAAAGAUGUGUGCCACUUGUUCCCGUGCACCAGCCACUGCCCGGAGCACGCCGCCAUGCUGCCUCGUGCGAGCGACAGGCCCGUGGCCUACCAGAACAGUAUGUUUGGGGCGGACAGGGAGGAGCCCGGGUCGGCGGGCAGAGAACGCAGGCAGGUUCUGGUGGCGCGCAGAGUGAACAGUCCGUUUGUGCCAAAGCCCUGGGGUAGGGUCUCCAGCCUGGAGUCGGAGGUGUGAGCCCGCCUCAUCUGGGCUCAAGCAAAAAGUGAACACCAUCAGUGUAUUUGGAGGCCGCUCUCCUUCCUCAGUGCAAUAAAACGCUGACACUGAACAUCAACAUCAAGAGACUCUUUAGAAAGCAUUUAACAAUUUAACCUCUGUCAUUUUUAAACAAGAUAUACAGUAUAUAUAUAUAUGUGUGUGUGUGUGUGUGUGUAUAUAUACAUAUACACGUACAUACACACAUACAUAUAUGUUAGCCUCUCAGUCUUAACACUUUUUUCUUGGACUUUUUUAAAAUCAACUUUUAUUUUGUCAUCACUUUAGUCUUCACAGGCAGGAGAAGGGAGCGCAUCUAAUAAUGUCAAGUGUAUUUCCAAAUGUUACACUACCCUUUAAUAAACAACAAGCUCAUCACCACUGUCUCCAUGUCCACAACUCCACAACAUCCCCGCUUUUGGCGGGGGUUCCGUUCCAGACCCGUCAGUGAAUGGCAAUAAAAAAAAUGUCUAUUUUUAACACACGGCUCGCUCCUCCCCCUCUAAACCCUCUUGCUGGCUUGACGUUGACAUUUUUCUCUGAUGUGGGAUCCACAUUUUGUUGUAAUUAUUCAAUUAGACUCCGCUCCAGAAACCCUCCCUUUCUCUCUUCAAUUGCCAUUGUUCACUCGCCACACAAUCCAGGUGUGAUCCCUAAAUAUGCCGCACACACUUGUUAAACACGUUUACAGCAUAAAAUGUAUAGCUACUCACCACUAAUCAAUUAUAAUGGCAAUAAUAACACAACAAUGGUGUGUUCAAGGACCGCCGGACAAAGGGCAAAAUCUCAAAGCUUGAGAAAAAAAGACCUAAACAUGUAAAUAUUGUGGGCUUUGUUUAAAGAUGAGUACAUGCAUGCUGGACAUUUCACCCAUUUAUAAAUUAUUACUGACUUGUGAGAUGUUUUUUUUGGUUUUUUAUACCAAAACUCUGAGAUCCGCUGUAGUUUGAAAGAAUCAGUUUUUGUUGUUCUUUAGCUACAAAAAAAAUACAAAUCUGUGAGGUGAGACCUCAUCAGCAUGAGAACAGAUGAUGAACCAUUGGAUGACUUUUGGGUGAGAAAGUUUCCCCUUCACAUCGUCUCCCAGGCACUUUUCCCCCCACAGACAAGGUGUUAGUCAUGUGUUUCAUCAAACCACCUGCAUGCCCUCACACACACACACACACACACACACACACACACACACACACACACACACACAAAGAACCUCAUUAGUUCAGUGGUGAUGUGUGGACCCCCGCUGAGCAGCUUUGAUGGAUCCUUGAACUCUUCCUGCCCUGCAGACUUGACAGCUGCAGCGUGUGGACGGAGACACAAGACCACUGGAGCGGGUGGGGGCAGUGUUACUUUAAAAAAGUAAUUAGUUACACAGCAGAACCUCAGUUAGCGCCCAUUAUGGUGCGCCCAUUUCCUCCCAAAUAUUGCACGUCCAACUGUGGUCUUCAUGUAUUUUUAUACAAAACUUCCUUAGCUUCUAACAAAGAAGCUAGCUCGCUAUGCUACAAAAUGGCAACUGUAAAUGGAAGUCAGCUACAUCGGCGGUCUAUGAUGUCAUCAGCGGCUGAUGCUCAAAAAUGUUAUAACACAACUUAAAGUGCAUAUGAAUGAUGAAUAAAAAGGACAAAUGAAGAUUUCAGCUCACUUCUACCUUCAUUGAAGACGUGAGUCUUGAUGUGGCAGCGAGACACCACACGGACACGCCUUCCCGUUUUGCCGUGACGUAUUUCUUUCUUGUUUCUCACCUUCAUUUUAAAAAAGGUGGCACUCCAUACUUUCUGUGGCUGCAUUUGUGGCAGAGCAAAGGACACUGAGGAUGCUCCUUUCCAUCACAUGGACAACCAGCAUCAUCCAAUCCACAGCAUCAUCUCCCGACAGAAGAGCCGUUUCACUGGCAGAUUACUUUCACUGCCCUGCUCAAAUGAGGCCAUUCCUGCGCGCCAUGUGACUUUUCUUUAUUAUUGAAAUUGAAGUGAUCUGUUACGUAUUUAUUUAUUCGUAUUCUAUUUUCUUAUUUUCUUAACUCUCCUGUUUUGCUUUGUUUGUUUUGUUUUUAAGUGACACGUUUAUUAGGACGCUUUUGCAGAGAUGCUGAAGUGUGAAUUUCUCUUGGAGAUAAAUGAAGUAUCUAUCUGAAGAAAUAAGUCAUGGCAAAACAGGAAGGUGGUGUCCAUGUGGCGUCUCGCUGGCACACCGUGUCUUCAGUGAAGGUAAAAGUAACGUUCAAUCUUCAUUUAUCCUUUUCAUUCAUCAUUUAUAUGUACCAUAUUUUCCACAUUAUAUGUCACACUUUUUUUCAUGGUUUGGCUGGUCCUGCGACUUGUACUCCGGAGCAACUUACAUAUCACACUGACAGCCGCAAGAGGGCGCUCUAGGCCUGUGUGCCAGUAUCAGCUACUCCUAUCAGUAUGUAUCAGCUACUCCUAUCAUUAUGUAUCAGCUACUACUAUCAUUAUGUAUCAGCUACUCCUAUCAUUAUGUAUCAGUUACUCCUAUCAUUAUGUAUCAGCUACUACUAUCAUUAUGUAUCAGCUACUCCUAUCAUUAUGUAUCAGCUACUACUAUCACUAUGUAGGUGAAAACUGCAAAGUAUUUUAUGGUUUCAGCCUCUCAUCCACACGGGAACGACCUUCUGUGUGCCCUGAAACGGCUUCCAGACUGGGAAAAUCUGAAAACGCCGGCUUGUCGUUGCCGUGUAGACAGGCAAUACGAGAGAGAUGAAGUCGCCGACCCACCGCCGCUGACAAGCCAACAUUCCGUUCUGCCUGCGUGCCUGUUAUAAAGACAAGUGAGAAAGACGGAACACAAAUACCCGCAAAAAGAAAAUCCUAUUCUGCAGAUUACAAGCUGCAAGAAAGCAGCAGAAAGAAAGUUUGGAGUGAACAAGAAACCUGUGAGGGACUGGCGAAAGUUGGUUUCGGUUACAGCGGGACCUUCUGGAACGACUUGAUGACGCUAACCAAGGUUUCACUGUAGUUACUAGUUACUUUCCCCUAAAAAGUAAUUGAAUUGGUAACAAAAGUACUCCUUGGUAAAGACACAGGGACAUCUGUGAAACACGUGGCG